UUCUAUUCUUAUUCUUAUAUUUUCCAACCAACCAGCCAGAUGUUUUUAAUACUCAAUCGCAUAUAAUGUAGGUAUAUAAUCCUUUACAGCGGACGGUCGGCUGGUGAACCACCAUCCAUUCAGCGUUAGCCGCAACAUGGACAUUCAGGAGGUGUCAUUGGUUCAGACGAUAUUCCCGCCCCUCCCCUCCCUCCAGCCGGGGGAGACUUGCCGCCCCUAUGUCACCUACAGGGAGGGCUGCAAUGUGUGCCGGUGUUCGCAGCACCACGAGCUGCAUUGUAGCCAGAUGACGUGCUUGGAUGAUGGCCCGAACUCCCGAAAAAAUAUGGUUGAGGGUGACGACUUUGACCCGAUGCGAGAGAAGCGUGACAGUGACCCUGCAGAGCCGUGCACCCCGGGGUCCAUCAUCAGACGAGGGUGCCAGCGCUGCUUCUGCAACGAACUCGGACAGACUAACAAGUGCAACUCUGAUGCAUGUCGUAAUACGACGAAAACCAAUGCUGUUGCAGCAAAACGACGCAUCCUGACACCAGAAGAUAUCCGGAGUCCAUUCGCAGAAGAGGAGUUCAGGAAGCUACCGGCGCUCCACCACUACAGUGCAGAGUGCACCCCGGGCGUGGCGUACAGGCUGGACUGCAAUACUUGCCUGUGCAAGGAGGAUAAGAACCUCCUGUGUGGCCAGUACUUGUGCCUCAAACACGACUUUUAUCAUAAGAAACAGGCUGAGGUUUUGUCAGGAACCUCUUGCAGUAAUCUAUCCAAUAUAACAAGCGAAUGCGUGAAAUGCUCGUGCAAAGAUGACGUCUUGGUGUGCAAACAUCUUCCAGAUUGCGUUGAAGACGUGUAUAGAGCCCCGAAAGCACUGCGCCAAGGGGUCGCCUCGAAAAACAGCAAUAAACCGGAGACUGCUGUGGAUCCUUAUAAGGAGAAAUGCGUCCCAGGGAUGAUUUACAAAGUUCAUUGCAAUAGCUGCAAAUGCCAAGAGAAUGGUAUCGCCUUUUGCACGAUGAAGAAAUGCCUCAAUUACGAAGAGUCACUGGAACUGUCGAGGGAUAUUGAGAGGUUGAAGGAACUCGAACGACGCGAUCGCGAGGCCGCCGCCGCCGCCGAUGAUGAUGAUUGAGAAAAUUGUAAUGAAACAUGCUUGAUUUUAAUUAAGUACCAUACAAAAGGUCUUAUAAAGUUUUAGGUUUUAAGUAAAUGGGGUUAAAUGUAUUUAUAAUAAAUUGUCGAAGUUAUAAUAUAAUAAUAAUUAAACCUAAACGUACGUAAAUAACUAAAUAUAUGUACUUAUGUCUCGUAUUGUAGUAACUAUGACGGUUAUGGAUGGGUAACUUUUUUUAAUGAUUUUUUAACUAACUACCUACCUAAACAAAAAAUACCACUCAUUAACUUUCAGGUAAUAAACCAAAAUCCAAUUAUUUUCAGAACAUAAUAUUACGUAUAAAUGCAUGACUACGGAAUAAUAACUACUAUGGCAAGAUCAACAUACCAACAUUCUGUUUGCUAAUAUUUCAUAGAAUCCACCUAUGGAUACUUCCAUGGAAGGAAGA